GGAUCGCUCAUCAAGUUGUCAGCCUCGGCGAGGUCCGCACAUUAACUAUUCAUAGAUGUAGAUCAUCGAGCGAGUAUCGAGCUAUUUAGGAACAAUGGCCGAUGAUGCUUCUGGGGGGCGUGCGUAUCGUUGGGCGGAUGAUGACGCUGAUCGCAUGUCCGACUUAGCUGGUCGGCUGCAUCUCAUGUCCGUCGAUGUAGCGAACAAAAAAAUUGUUCGUGACCUUGAUCGCGAAAAAGCUCCUCGAGCUGACGCUGACCUAAAUGACUGCACACAGAGAAUGACAGCUGUUUUUGAGCAGAAGGAAAAGACUCGGGAGCGGCACGUCAUUUCUGGAGCUGGCGCCGUCGCUGUGUUACAUGGUUGCGAGGAUGAGGAAAGCCUGCUUUCCAUUGCUGAUGAACCGGACUCAGCUAAAGCAAUAGCGCAUGGUUACGUUGGCACGAGGAUGCACGACCACACCAAGCGAACCAUCGCUGGAUCGUCAUCUGAAAACGAUAAGACGAAUGCACCAGAAGGUGCACCAGCGUGGGAAGACGAAGAGCGUCCGCGCUUCUGAGGUUUGCCUUGGUAUUGCUUUCAGGCAGGGAUGACGCCAUUUGUUCCGAAAUAAUUCCGACAACUGGUAACCACCGAUGAGGCUACUUCGAUAUUGAUUAUAGUUAGGAUGAGAUCGUGAAGGUUUCUCAUCUGCUGAAAGUGCGUUAGAAUUAGACCACAGUGGUGAAUAGUAUGCUUCGCUGGACGAGCCGCCUCGUCGUUCUUUGCAUCAUCUCAUCGAAUAACAAUAAUAUGUUGACACAUGCUGGGUCGUGGAGAUGCCUCGGGGCGCAUUUUUCUGCUUCCGUGAUCUUUCUUUUACAAAAGCGAGCCUUUGCUAGUACGUAACAGUGCCAAUAGAAAAAAAUUCUCCACUGAUUUGCUUAUUUGCUACUCAUACAUUAUACAUAAUCAUAGUUUGUUAGAAGUUUUUUCACUUUUUUGUGACGUUGUUGCCGGCUUUCUUGGCGCAGGAGAGCUCAACGACUAACGAUUUACCGAAAAACAACUGAUAUAAACAUCGAUGUAACCGGUCGACUAACAAACAUGAGGCCGACAAUCGACGGACCAAAAUAGGCACUUUCAUGGGUGAAGUUCGUUGCGCUCGAAGAAGAAAAUAUUGUGACAUGAUGAUGCUCUGCGGGUUCAGUAUGAGAUUUGAACACGUUAAGAAAUCGGACAGUGAGGAAAAUAUGGCUCGUCUCUAGAUGGAUAAUUAGCAGAAUUUUUAUCCAAAUCAAUUAGAACAUAAAGUACACCAUCAAGAAGAAGUAAACUUCAACACUCGUCCAGUCAUGCUACUUAUCAUGAUUCUGAACAAUACGAUUUCUCUGAAAGCCUAUGCCGCUGAGAGACCGAUGAAAUCAGGGACGUCGAUGUGCAGACGAGUCUCUCAUGCUUUCGCUUUUUUGAUGUGCAUCAACAUGGUUCCGGACCUCCAACACCACAGUCAGUUACAAGAAUAUUCCGAGACUUUUUAAGCAUCAGCUAGCGAUGUUUUGUACUUCUCGUAAUUUCGCGAUCAGCUAGUACCCUGGACGAGAACUUGUUGUCGCAUAGCCAAACAGAGAAGAUGGAUUCUGCUUCUUAGCCGGGCUUUUUCUUGAAACGUCAGCACCACCUAGUUUGCAUCACUUGCGUUGGGGAACGGACACCGGAAAAG